AGAAAUGAGCCGUGGAGGAGGUGGUGAUCGUCGUGCCGCACCGGAUAUCAAUGGUCUAACUUCGCUGAAAAUCGACAACUUGUCGUACCAAACAACGCCCAACGAUUUGCGUCGAACUUUUGAGCGAUACGGAGACAUUGGAGAUGUUCACAUUCCAAGGGACAAGUACUCUCGCCAAUCGAAAGGAUUCGGAUUCGUUAGAUUUUAUGAACGUCGUGAUGCUGAGCACGCAUUGGACCGCACAGACGGAAAGUUGGUUGAUGGACGCGAGUUACGUGUGACUCUUGCAAAGUAUGAUCGACCAUCGGAUGAGAGAGGAGGCCGUGGAGGUGGUGGUGGACGUAGAAGAACAGCAGCAGAGCCAGAUGUUGCUGAGCUGAGCUGAAUUUUUGCUGCUGUUGAAGCUGUAAAUGCUUGCUGAGUGACACUUGAGUAGCAGAAUUGCUGAAAAUGCAGAGAAAAGCAGUUUUGAUGUUGCUGUGUCUGCUGAAUGAAACCAGCGGCGACAGUGUGGAAAAGGCAGAAAACAAUUUUAUCCCGCUCACCGAGAAGACGCUCCAGAUCUCCAAGAUAUUCUCGCUCAAGAUCUCCGCGACGUUCUCGUAGUCGUACUCGUUCACCACCAUCUCGUGAUCGCAGAGAUUCACCGGAUCGUCGUGACAACUCUCGUUCCCGAUCUCGUUCACCGCCACCACGUGAGGAUGGAUCUCCAAAGGAACGCCGUUCCAGAAGCCGCUCGGCAUCUCGUUCGCCAAGUCGUAGCCGUUCCAACUCCCGCUAAAUUCCGAAAAAAUUUCCUCUUCGAUUUCUGAUUAUUUUUCGUUUUCGUUUUCGUUUUUACUAUGAUUUACUCACUGAUCCUGAAAUUUCAAACGUCUUUUUUUUCCAGUUGCCUCCAACAAGACAAGUAAUAUAUAUGAUUUCCAAUUUUCCAUCUAAUUUCUCCAAGAGAACUGUUAAAAUAAAUCGAAAUUCUGUCCGUCAAUAUUGUUCCAAACUUUUUUCUCUUGAAUAAAUUGGCUCAAGUGUC